CACGAAUUAUGUGGUAGACCCCGGCGUAGUUUCCAACUGCCAACGGGGCUGAGCAGUAGUUUCUUUGUUCCAAACCUGCCCAACUCGGCUCAACUCAACUCAACUUAUUCCAUCAUCCCGCCAAGUCAACCCUUUCUUCUCAUUUACAUCUUUUCAUUCAUUACGAUACCCCCCCUUUCGCUAUUUUAUAAUACGCCACGAAUAAAACCUCACCCGCCGGUCGGUCGCGCAUCGUUCUCCCAGUAUAAAAUACAUUCGACGUAGAGACCCGUCCAAUUAUCGAGUUCCGAUCGACUCGUGUUUCCGUUUGCGUCGCAAGCAUUAGCAUAGCCACCAAAUCCUUUUCCCACGACAUCGACUAGCCACGUCAAUCACAAAUUAUUUCGAACAUAAUACAAUUAUUCGUAUCGAGCGAAUUCUAAUAAACAUAGCGUUAUUUGGAGGAAGAAACGAGUGCAUAUUCGAGGAUUAAACCUAUAACGUUCGAUUCCUACAACGUUUCACGGAUGAUUGAAUCGAAGCCGGCGCGAUGAAUUUAACAUGUAAUUCCACGUUAGAGGAUAUGAGGAUCGGGUCGGAGGAGAAGAUCGCAGGAUCCUUGACCUUCCACCAGCUCGCCCUCAUAAUCUCUGGCGCCUCUACCAUAGUCGCCUACAUCGCUAGCUUUUACUUGAUGUGGCGACAUGCCAUCAACUACACAAAACCUCAAGAACAGAGACAUAUUAUUCGUAUUUUAUUUAUGGUCCCCGUUUACGCUACCUCGGCUUUCUUGUGUAUAUGGUAUUAUUGGCACGCCGUCUACUUCCAGGUUAUCAGCGACUGUUAUGAAGCGUUUGCCAUCGCCUCUUUCUUCGCGCUUUUAUGCCAUUAUGUCGCACCCGAUCUCCACGAGCAAAAAGAAUUCUUUCGACAUAUGCGCCCUAUAAAAGAAUGGGUUUGGCCGAUAAAUUGGUUUGCCAAGUGUUGCGGAGGAGACCGAGGACCUUGGAGAACUCCGAAGAGCGGUCUAACUUGGUUCAACAUUAUUUGGAUCGGUAUCUAUCAUUAUUGCUUCAUCCGAGUUGCUAUGACUAUUACGGCCGUCGUAACGCAAUACUUUGAACGGUAUUGCGAGAGUUCUAAUAGCCCCGUUUUCGCUCAUAUCUGGGUUAUUGCAAUCGAAUGUAUAGCAGUCACCAUUGCUAUGUACUGUGUCAUUCAGUUCUAUGUACAGUUACGGGAGCCACUUGCGGAACACAAGCCAUUCCUCAAAGUUCUGGCUAUCAAAUUGGUCAUCUUUUUGUCUUUCUGGCAAACUAUUGCCAUCUCACUCGGAACCUCGACCCUUCAUAUCGUCAACCCGAACGCCGUUCUCGCCUAUCCCGAUUUGAAAGUUGGAAUUCCUAGUUUGAUGCUCUGCGUCGAGAUGGCCCUAUUCGGCAUACUUCACUUGUGGGCAUUCCCUUAUGCUCCCUAUAAAGAAAACGCCAAGACGAGUUUCUACCCCGUUCCCGAUCCGUCUAUGGAGAUACCGCCUCGCGAAAAUGAGCAUCACCCUAAGAUGGGUGGUUUCAUGGGUCUGAAAGCUUUCGGAGACGCUCUCAACUUAUGGGAUGUUAUUAAGGCCUUUGGUCGUGGUAUGAGAUGGUUGUUUGUGGGGGUUAAGCGCCGCCACCAAGAUCCCAGCUACCAGGCCAAGCCUGAAGAUAUCGAUACUAGUUACCCUAUGAAACCGUACACUGCAGCUCAUGCCGGCGGGAAAGGUGCGGACGGCCUACCGAUUGCAAACGAGUUCCGACGAAGCGCCUUCGGACUUCCACAUAACCCUGGCGAUCCGGUCCCUGAAGAGAGUGCUGGGUUGAUAGUUAACGCCCAGCCGAAUCCCGGCAGUCCCCCGAGACGCCAACCUGGCCCAUACUUGGACUCGCGGCCAACGCAGCUUUAUGACGACCCUAACCACAUUCAUGAGUCUCCGGUGUCCUACGCCCCUUACGAUGAUGCGAGGGGUGACCUGGGAGCUCCGGGCGCACGAUACGAAUAUGAUCCUCGUGAAAUGUACAGCAGCCAGGGUGGAAGUACAGCGGGCUGGAGCGAGCCGCAAGGCGGACCCAGAGCAGGUCAAAGGAGUUCAACGCAAGUCCGUGUCGGCAACGCGUUAUGGGGCGACCGAACCCCACAAGGCGGCGCGAGAUGAAAGUGAAGCAUAGCAUUUGAGACGCAUGGGAUCUGGUUAUGUUUUCACUACAAUGCAUAUUCGGGGUCCGCGGGGUCAGCCUUGAGGUUCGGCGUUAGGGAAUGUUUUUUGAACGAUGCUUUUAUUUGAGGCGAGGCGUUACGAGUGGUCCAUCUAUACCAGGCGAAGACUUGAUGUGUUUGGUCUUAUUCCCACUACUUCUACCUACCGAAGUGAACUGCACUGGAUUGGAGUGGCUGGAUUAUGCAUGCGUGUUUAUAUGUUGAGCAUUAUUGGCUACGACUCCCCAUGAUAGUAACUGGACUACAUUAUUUGCUGGCAAAGGGCAAAAGUAAAGCAAGGCAGCAAAUAAAAACCAGGAAAGGGUGGCAUACUUAGAUAUAGAUCGAUCGAUACCUUAGUGUUUUAUGUCUAUAUAAUGAAACGAUACGUGGAAUUUCUGCA